GAGGCGGCCGGCUUCGGCGGAGGCGGCGGCGGCGGCAGCCGGUCCGGGACGGCUGCGCAGCACGCGGGCGGCGCGACAGUGCGGGCGAGGGCUCCGCAACCCGCCGCAGCCGCCGCCUCGCCGCGGCCCAGCUGGAGGACGUCGCGGCGGGCGCGCGGCCUGUGAGGGCGGCUAGAGCGGCGGGCGCGGCGCGGCGCCAGCGUCCUGUCAGGCGGCGGAGGGCGCCGCGGACCGCGCCGCGAUGAUGCCGAUGAUAUUAACUGUGUUCUUGAGCAACAAUGAACAGAUUUUAACAGAAGUUCCUGUAACACCAGAAACAACCUGUCGAGAUGUUGUAGAAUUUUGCAAGGAGCCUGGAGAAGGCAGUUGUCAUUUAGCUGAAGUGUGGAGGGGAAAUGAGCGUCCUAUACCUUUUGACCACAUGAUGUACGAGCACUUGCAGAAGUGGGGUCCUCGCAGGGAAGAAGUGAAAUUUUUUCUUCGACAUGAGGACUCCCCAGCCGAGAACAGUGAACAAGGUAGCCGUCAGACCCAAGAGCAAAGAACUCAGAGAAAUGUAAUAAAUGUACCUGGAGAAAAACGCACUGAAAAUGGGGUUGGGAAUCCACGUGUUGAACUUACCCUCUCAGAGCUCCAAGAUAUGGCAGCUAGGCAACAGCAGCAAAUUGAAAAUCAGCAGCAAAUGUUGGUUGCCAAGGAACAACGUUUACAUUUUCUAAAGCAACAGGAACGCCGCCAGCAGCAGUCUAUUUCUGAAAACGAAAAGCUUCAGAAACUGAAAGAACGAGUUGAAGCCCAGGAAAACAAGCUGAAGAAAAUUCGUGCCAUGAGAGGACAAGUUGAUUAUAGCAAAAUCAUGAACGGCAAUCUGUCUGCUGAAAUAGAAAGGUUCAGCGCCAUGUUCCAGGAAAAGAAGCAGGAAGUACAGACUGCAAUUUUAAGAGUUGAUCAGCUUAGUCAGCAAUUGGAAGAUUUAAAGAAAGGAAAACUGAAUGGGUUCCAGUCUCAUAACGGCAAGCUGACAGGACCAGCAGCGGUGGAAUUGAAGAGACUUUACCAAGAACUACAGAUUCGUAACCAGCUUAAUCAGGAACAGAAUUCAAAACUCCAGCAGCAGAAGGAACUCUUAAAUAAGCGCAACAUGGAGGUGGCAAUGAUGGACAAGCGAAUCAAUGAAUUGCGUGAACGUCUUUAUGGCAAAAAAAUCCAGUUGAACCGUGUGAAUGGCACAUCAUCACCACAGUCACCCCUGAGCACGUCUGGCAGGGUUGCCGCUGUGGGGCCUUACAUCCAAGUUCCAAGUGCUGGAAGCUAUCCUGUCCAGGGGGACCCUAUAAAGCCCCAAUCUCUCACUAUUGCCUCAAGUGCUGCCCAUGGGAGAUCUAAAUCUGCUAAUGAUGGAAGCUGGCCAACAUUAAAGCAGAAUUCUGGCUCUUCGAUGAAGCCGGCGCAGAUGGCCACUGUGGAUUGGAAGGACCCAGGCGUGGAGGGGGCUCUAAAGCAGGGUGCAAUCUCAAGCCAGCCUCUGCCCUUGUCUGCACUGGGAGCCACAGAGAAGAUGGGUGUGGAUAUUGGUAAAGGACCACCUCCCAUCCCUGGUGCAGGCAAGCCGCUGCCUCCAAGCUAUGGAACAUACCCAAGUCCUGCACCCCUGGGCCCAGGAUCAGCAAGUUCCCUGGAGAGGAGGAAAGAAGGCAGCUCACCCAGACCCAGUGCAGGCCCACCCAGCCGGCCGAAGCCUGCCCCGCUGCCCCCUACAGCCAGUGUCCCACAGCCAGGCUCCUCGCAGCAGAUCCAGCAGAGGAUUUCUGUGCCUCCAAGUCCCACAUACCCGCCAGCAGGGCCCCCUGCAUUUCCAGCUGGAGAUGGUAAACCCGAACUCCCACUGACGGUGGCCAUUAGGCCCUUCCUGGCUGAUAAAGGAUCAAGGCCACAAUCUCCCAGGAAAGGACCCCAGACCGUGAAUUCAAGUUCCAUAUACUCUGUGUACCUCCAACAAGCCACACCACCUAAGAAUUACCAACCAGCAGUGCACGGCACCUUAAACAAGUCAGUUAAAGCAGUGUAUGGCAAGCCUGUCCUACCAUCCGGGUCAACAUCUCCAUCGCCCUUACCCUUUCUUCAUGGGUCACUGGGCAUAAGCACCUCACAGCCUCAGCCAUCUUCAGAAUGUGCUGAGAAAGAGCCAGAGCAGGAGGGCCCUGCUGCACCUGGAGAGGGAAGCUCAGUGGAGAGCCUGCCGCGGCCACUCAGCCCCACCAAACUCACACCCAUCGUGCACUCACCGCUGCGCUACCAGAGUGAUGCGGACCUGGAGGCCCUGCGCAGGAAGCUGGCCAAUGCACCCCGGCCCCUGAAGAAGCGCAGCUCCAUCACAGAGCCAGAGGGCCCCAGUGGACCCAACAUCCAAAAGCUGCUGUACCAGCGCUUCAACACCCUGGCUGGUGGCAUGGAGGGCACCCCUUUCUACCAGCCCAGCCCCUCACAGGACUUUGUGGGCACCUUGGCUGACGUGGACAAUGGAAACACCAACACCAACGGCAACCUGGAUGAGUCUACUUCUGCCCAGCCCACAGCCCCACUCCCUGAGGAGCCUGCCCCAUCCUCAGAUGCCAACGAUAAUGAGCUACCUUCCCCUGAACCUGAGGAACUCAUCCAUCCCCAAACCACCCACCAAACUGCUGAGCCCGCAGAGGAUAACAACAACAAUGUGGCCCCAGUCCCCUCCACAGAACAGAUCCCAAGCCCUGUGGCUGAAGCCCCAUCUCCGGGAGAAGAACAAGUCCCUCCAGCACCUCUUCCCCCUGCCAUCCACCCACUGGCAGCCUCAGUGAGCAAGCGGACCAACCUGAAGAAGCCCAACUCCGAGCGGACAGGGCAUGGGCUGAGAGUACGCUUCAACCCCCUGGCACUGCUGCUAGAUGCUUCUCUGGAAGGAGAGUUUGAUCUGGUGCAGAGGAUAAUCUAUGAGGUGGAGGACCCCAGCAAGCCCAAUGAUGAAGGGAUCACCCCACUACACAACGCGGUGUGUGCCGGUCACCAUCAUAUUGUGAAGUUCCUGCUGGACUUCGGGGUCAAUGUGAAUGCUGCUGAUAGUGAUGGAUGGACACCACUACACUGCGCAGCCUCUUGCAACAGCGUGCACCUCUGCAAGCAGCUGGUGGAGAGUGGAGCUGCCAUCUUUGCCUCAACCAUCAGUGACAUCGAGACUGCUGCAGACAAGUGUGAGGAGAUGGAGGAAGGCUACAUCCAGUGUUCCCAGUUUCUGUAUGGGGUACAGGAGAAGCUGGGAGUGAUGAACAAAGGUGCAGUCUACGCCCUGUGGGACUACGAGGCCCAGAACAGCGACGAGCUGUCCUUCCACGAAGGCGAUGCCAUCACCAUCCUGAGGCGCAAGGACGAAAGCGAGACGGACUGGUGGUGGGCUCGGCUCGGGGACCGGGAGGGCUAUGUGCCCAAAAACCUGCUGGGGUUGUAUCCACGGAUCAAGCCCCGGCAGCGAACACUUGCCUAAGCUUCCCCCUGGAGCACCACAGUCUUGCUGGCUCCCAGGAGCUGCUGGAGAGGAUCAGCUGUCCGGGGAAAGCUGACGCUAGGAUGGCCUCAUGGUGCUCACUUUAGCAGACACCACCCAUAAUGUGAAUUCCUGCACUUCCCAGGUGAGGCCUUCUCCAGUCCACCGCAGCUGGGAGAGGUACUUUUGCUUCCAAGAGGACCGAGUUUUGCCAAUUACUGUAAAUCCAAAUAAACACCCAGCUUUCAGAACUCCCACCCCUGUUGCCAAUAAGAAGCCCUGUAAUUAUUAGGACCCCUGUUGGUUGCCAGUGAAGAUUGAGCUCUGACCUGGCCCUGAGGCCACCUCUUGUACCCCCACCGUGAAACCAAGCUGCUGCCAGAUGCCCCCACUGCAGCCCACCUCUGAGAGCCCCAGAACCCACCCUUCCUUACCUCCCCACAGUUGUUCCUUUUACUACCAAAGGAGCCGCUGUGGGCAUACUGUCCUGUGGUUGCCCCUGUGGAUAUCCCCAGGGGUCUUUCUGCACAGAUGAGUGGAGUGUCCAGCUUCUUGCUGGCCCUUUGCUGGGGCUGGACUUCCAUUUCUGGGCACACAUGGUUCGGAUUCCUACAGCCUCUGGCUGCACACCUUGAAUCUGUUUUUGUUCUGAGUAUAGUCAGACACAAGUCUGGGCAAGGACAGGUCAAGGCCUCUGAGGCAGCAGCAGGGCAGGGACCAGUCCAGACAAAGCCAGCUGGAAGGCAGCAGUGCUGGCCCUGAUCCCUGGUUCCACACAAGGCAGACCCUGAACUGGAACCUGAAUUGUGUGGACAGGCUUUUUAUACACCAAGAUUAUUUUUCAACUAGACCAUUCAAAACUACCAGAACUAUGUUGGAAAUGUUCUUUCUCAUUAACACACAGGCCCUUAGGCUUUAUUUUCCAUGUGCAUCUUGUGUAUGAUCUGUGUGUAAAUAUGUGUAUGGACUCAGAGGCAGAGCUGCAGUUGAUGGCUGACUGCACAGGGUGUGGCACUGAGUGACACCACUGGGAGCAGCUCUUCUGUCCCCGACACUGCUGACGCUGUGUAAAUGUGCACAAUAAACUGCUGUCUCACA